AUGGCAGCCAACGACAGAGAACCAAUCACACUCACGCUAACAAAUAUGACGUCACAAACAAGGCAGGUUAAAUACUGCAUCCUGGAAGUGACGUCAGAUCCGGGUCAUCUACUGACGCUCCAGAUAUUCUAUGUUCCACACAACAGGUCAUCGGUGAACUGUUCAAGGGACUACGUGCACGUGGGGAACGACGAGCAGACGAUAGACAAAGACACGAUGACGUCAUACAAAUAUUGCGAGAGAACUCUGGAGGAGGAGGUGGUUUCCAGGGACAACUAUUUGUGGGUGGUGUUCAGAAUGUCAGUCACCCCAACUCUGUUAAAACUGAAAGUGAAAGCACAAGAACCUGUUAAAUGCAAUUCUUCACACUUCCGGUGUUCUCCUGUGCAAUGUGUUUCAAGGAGCCGUGUUUGUGACGGUAAAAUUGAUUGCAGAAAUGCGAGAGAUGAAUAUUGUCAAACCAAAGCGUCUAGUCUUGAAGACACAACACCGUGUUUCAGAUGCAAAGACGGGACGUGUAUCAACCCACAGCUACAGAGGUACCACGCGAACUGGGGCGUCAAGUUGUGGUACCUUUGUGAUGGGUACAGUCACUGUCCAGAUGGAACGGACGAACGCAAAGAUAUAUGCUUUCGACUGAAGGGAAGACUGAAUUCCGUUUUCCGAUGUGUGCCGAAAGACCUGAAGUUCGGGCCAAAGACAAGUGUACUUAUGUGGAACACCAUUUUGUGUAAUAAUAGAAAGGAAUGUUUCCAAGGCGAAGAUGAACGUGUAAAAAAAUGUUUUAAAAAACGCGAAAAACGUCGACGAUUAAAAGAAAUGAGACCAGAAAUCCGAAACGUGCCAUCAGUCCGGACUGAACUGAGGAAUGCCGAACCACAUGAGUUGAUCGGUCUAAACAACGGUGAAAAUGACUUUGACGCCUUUGGGAUCAGACAAACCACAGUAUGA